AUGUAACCAAAUUACAACUUUUGGAUGAAUCAGAUCACCAUUAUACUUUUUUAUUUCUACGACUACUUGAUUGAUUUCCUACUGAUUAACAUCAUUCCAAUUGGAUUGUGUAAAGUUAAUUUGUCACCACAAUGAGAAUCAACGAUUUACCUAAUGAUUGUUUACUUAUGAUCUUCGACCAGUUUCAUGAUCUCCAGCAAUUUCCAAAAUUGAUGAAAGUUUGUUCUCGGUGGAAAACUUUGAUUCAAAUUCGAUUAAAAAAAGUCAAACACUUCGAUUGUACUUGUCUGGAUUCUGAUUUUCCACAGUGUUUUCGCCUUCAAGUGGUGGGUAAAUGUGUUUCUACAGAAAACAUGAAUUUGCUUGAGAAAAUCCGUCUCACUGAACUUCUUCCCAAUGUAAAGACGAUCAAUUUUCAAAGCUCAAAGAAUCCAUGUUCUUGCUCUACUUUAGCUCAUCUACUUGCUAACGCGAAUCCAAUUGAAGGCUUAUGUUUUUACAAUUAUGAAUACAACGAACGACAUAAAUGUAAGCUCAUGAGAAGUGUGAAUGAGCUUAUAACACCGUUUCUAGGUGAGAUCAAAGUUCUAGCGACUCACUUUGAUGAGGUGAUACGAAGCUAUUUCAAGGCAUUUGGUCAUCUGAAGAAAUUGAGAACACUCGGCAAUUCUGCAGUCGGAGGCCAUGUAAGGUUCAUCCAUGUUGGAAAAUUUUCCAAAUUCAUGACAAAUCUCAAAACUCUUUCUGUUUACUGUGACCACGAAUCUGAAACUAAACAUUGUGCUGAGUAUAAAUACAAGAUUCCGGUGCUUGAAAAGCUUCAAUAUCUUGAUAUUGGAAACUGUUUGAGCGAUUGCUGGACACUUAAAUUCUUGAACUUUUGCCCAAAUCUACAAUAUCUCGCUAUCAAGAUAACUGUCUACCGAGAUCCGAUUCGAUUCGAUCGAAUUGACAAAAAUUACAACGUAAUUGGAUUGGAAAUUACGAUCAGUGCAUGGUUCCACGACGAGUUCAUAAUUCAGACUGUUGAAAAAUUUCCAAACUGUCGAUAUCUUUGUGUUCAUUCAAAUGUUUCAGAAUCAGUUGAGAUUGAAGUUAUCAAAUUGCUACCUCAUCUAUCAACUCUGGUGUUUGGAUCGGACUCCAUGUCUAAAGAUCCGAAUAAUAUUCAAGCCAUUAAAGAUUAUUGCCAAAAACAUAAUCGACAAAUCGAUUAUUACAUUAAUACGAAAGACGAAAAUUUAGCUAACAAUGAGUUGCAUCGAAAUUUUCAUCGUGUAUUCUACAAUCAAUACAGUCUACAAAAUUUUCGAUAAAUUUUCAAAACUGACAAAACUGUCAAAUGAAUUUAUUGGUCAAUCAUAUGACUUGAAAACUGUUCCUGUCAAGUUAAAUACUGAAAUACUCAUUAGAUCAAUUGUUCACUGUUAUCCUGAUUCUCGGCUGUUCGAUACAUUACAACGAAUCAAUUGCAUUUAAGUGAUUUACAUGUAAUUAUAAUUUGAUCUUUUCUCCUCAAAUUAAUUGUCCUUAAAAUUUCAUAACCUAAUCAUCACCUAAUUUCAUACAUGUAAUAAAUAAGUUAUAAAAAUCACUCAUUUAUUAUUC